AUGGUUGUCUUUGACGGUCACGAGUACCUUACCGAGGAGGAGAAGCGUCUCAAGGAAGACCGCAGACGCGAGAAGUACUGGAAGAAAUGGGGCCCUUACGUUGCCGAACGCCAAUGGGCCACUGUGCGAGAGGAUUACAGUCCCGACGGAGACGCGUGGAGUCACUUUACCCAUGACGACGCACGAUCUCGAGCCUACAGAUGGGGUGAGGAUGGAAUUGCCGGCGUUUCUGAUACCCACGGCUUCCAAAACAUUGGAUUUUCUUUCUGGAACGAGGAAGACGAUUUCCUCAAGGAGAGAUUAUUUGGUCUCUCAAACCCCCAGGGUAACCAUGGCGAGAGUGUCAAGGAAGCUCACUUCCACGUUGACAAUACCCCCCAUUCCUACAUGAAGUUCCUCUACAAGUACCCGCAGAAGAAGUUCCCUUACAAGGACCUGUUGGAAGAAAAUGCACGCAGAGGCAAGGAAGACAAGGAGUACCAGAUUGUUGACACGGGCAUCUUCGACGAAGACAGGUACUGGGAUAUUUUCAUCGAGACGGCAAAGGAGACGGACGACCCCGAGGAGAUCCUGUUCCGUGUUACCGCAUGGAACAGAGGUCCCGAUCCGGCACCACUUCACAUUGUGCCGCAAAUGUGGUUCCGCAACACCUGGGCCUGGGGCCGGGAGCCCGAGGACAAGAAGCCAUCCAUCGAGAACGUUGGCGAGGGCCUGGCCAAGUCCAAGCAUCACAAGCUCGGGGACCGUUACUUCCUGAUGUCACCUUCUCCCGGUGUUGGAACCAGCGGCGAGGACGUAAUACCCCAGAUGUUGUUUACCGACAACGACACCAACUAUGAGCUAUUGUACGAGCAGGACAACAAGACUCCGUAUGUCAAGGACGCCUUCCAUCGUCACAUUUGCGAGAAGGAAAAGGGGGCCGUCAACCCAGCACAGAAGGGCACCAAGUGCGCCGCCUGGUUCAGCUUCAACGAGGAUGGUGGUGUUCCUCCCGGCGAGUGCGCCGUCGUCCGUUUCCGCUUCUCCAAGAAGAACCAGACCUACUUCGACGAAGGUGACUUUGAUGACCUGGUCGAUCUGAGGAUCGCUGAGGCCGACGACUUCUACUACCGCCUCAGCCCCCUCCCCAUGGCAGACGAUCUGCGCAACAUUCAGCGUCAGGCCUUUUCCGGAAUGAUGUGGACUAAGCAGCAUUACCUCUUCAUCUGGGACCAAUGGGCGAAUGGUGACCCGACACAACCCCCUCCGCCCCCCAGCAGAAAAGACAUUCGCAACUCUCAGUGGAAACAUAUGCACUGCGACGAUAUUUUGUCUAUGCCCGACUCUUGGGAAUAUCCCUUCUUUGCUGCGUGGGACAGUGCUUUCCACUGCAUCACAUUGGCGAUGAUGGAUCCAGACUUCGCCAAGAAGCAGCUUGAUCUCUUCACCAGAGAGUGGUACUGCCAUCCCAACGGCCAGCUGCCAGCGUACGAGUGGAACUUUGGCGACGUAAACCCUCCCGUUCAUGCUUGGGCCACGUUCCGAGUGUUCAAGAUUGAGCGCAAGCUCUACGGACGCCAGGAUUUGGACUUCCUCGAGAGAGUUUUCCAGAAGCUGUUGCUGAACUUCACCUGGUGGGUUAACCGCAAGGACGCCGAUGGCAAGAACGUCUUCGAGGGAGGUUUCCUCGGUCUCGACAACAUUGGUCUUUUCAACCGCUCUGAGCCUCUCCCAACCGGCGGCUCUUUGGAGCAGGCCGACAGUACCGGAUGGAUGGCCUUCUACUGUCUCAGCAUGCUCAACAUUGCUCUUGAGCUUGCAAAGCACCGACGCACAUACGAGGAUAUUGCUUCCAAGUUCUUUGAGCAUUUCAUCUUCAUCAGUGACGCCAUGACCUUCAGGACUGGCCAAAAAGACGAGAAGUCGCUCUGGAAUGAUGAGGAUGGUUUCUACUACGAUGCCAUUUCAUGGGGUGGCCCCUGGAUCCAGCAGCUCCCAGUCCGCUCUCUUGUCGGAUUGAUUCCGCUUUACGCAACCCUGACUCUUGAGCCUGAGCUUAUCAACAAGCUCCCCUCAUUUAAAAAGAGGGUUGAUUGGUUCAUGGAGAACCGCUGCGAUUUGGCCGAGCGAAACAUGGCCAGUAUCGCCAAGCGUGGAAAGGGCAAUCGUAUUCUCUUGUCAAUUGUCAGCAAGGACAGGCUUGAGAAGAUUCUCUACCGCAUGCUUGACGAGGACGAGUUCUUCAGUGAGCACGGAAUUCGUUCCUUGUCAAAGUACCACAAGGAGCACCCCUUCUCAAUGGAGGUUAAUGGCCAAACUUUCUCCGUCGGCUACGUUCCCGGUGACUCUGAUAGCGGUCUGUUUGGUGGCAACAGUAACUGGAGAGGCCCCAUUUGGUUGUGUGUCAACUUCCUUCUGGUUGAGUCUCUUCAGCGAUUCUUCUUGUUCUACGGACACGAGUUCCAAGUCGAAUGUCCCACGGGAAGUGGCGACUACAUGCAUUUGGGCCACGUCUCCGAGGAGAUUCAGCAUCGUCUGCAGCACUUGAUGACGCGUAACGACGAGGGCCGGCGUAGCAUCAACGCCGGAAAUGAUCUUCUGGACUUCGACCCUCACUGGAAGGACUACCUCUGGUUCUACGAGUUCUUCGACGGCGACAGUGGCCGUGGACUCGGCGCUACCCACCAGUGCGGUUGGACCGGUUUGAUGGCUCGUAUGAUUCACGACACUGGUAUCAACUGCCGUCUGCCUCAUACUCCCCGCACUCCCUCGGCGGGCAUGUCUCACUACUUUGAUGACAUCUUUGCCCGCGGCACUGAUCGCCGUGGCUCGAUGACGCCUGGUCCUGGUGGCAAGCCGCGGAUGCGCAGAUCAUCCACGGCGAGAUCCAUCGGUGCAAGGAGUGACUUUGACGAGACUAAUGGCGACGACUCACUGAGCAACUCGGCCACGUUGGAUGACCCUGAGAAGCUUCGGCAGAGGAUGAGAGAGAAGUCGGAGGCCGACGCACAUAUGCAUCGCUACAUCUCGGAUCAGCUGGAGAGGUUCAAGGAGGACAAGGAGCACCCGGGUGGAACUGACAACGAGUAUGAGGCUGGUGUCUAG